AUGAUUCUUUCUCGGUGGUUUGCUUUUGCAAGCCUCGUCGGUGCUGCAUUUGCUGUACCAGGCAAAUCACUUGCUAAGAGGACUACCGUUGCCGAAAUCUUCACCGAUAUCGAGGAUGCCGUUACCUGUGCUGGGUGUGAGGCUUUGCUAGUGAUUCUGCAGGCUCUCGCACAUCUUGGUAACGAUGAUUUUGUCGAUGUCAUCACAGAAGUCUGCAUUCUGGCCGGUAUUGAUGAUGACGAUGUAUGCGAGGGCGCAAUUGCUCGUGAGGGGCCAAUCUUGGCCCACGACCUUCGCAAUAUGGAUGUUCCAUCCCACACCGCAACCCUCUUCUGCACCACAAUCUUUGGUCUUUGCGAUUACCCCGCGAUUACUGAUUAUACGGUCGACUUUCCCUCCUCCAAGCCAGCCAAUGCUUCUCGACCGGCAUCCAGCGGAGAAACUCCAAUUCAAGUUGUUCACAUUAGUGACAUCCAUGUUGAUCUCUUCUACGAGGUUGGCGCGAGUUACGACUGUACCAAGAACAUCUGCUGCCGUCCGUAUACCGCAGCUGAUGCCCCUGGAAACACGAGUUACCCAGCCGGUGAAUAUGGAAAUCACAAUUGCGAUUCUCCGUUGGACCUGGAGUUGAGCAUGUAUGAAGCUAUCCAGACUCUUGUUCCCGAUGCAGCAUUCUCCAUUUUCACUGGCGACGUUGUUGAGGGAGCGGUUUGGCUUGUCAACGAAACCGAGGUGACCAAUGACCUGAACGACGCGUAUAACACGCGCAUGGCCGGCUACUUCAGCCAAAUCUACGGUGUCAUUGGAAACCACGACGUUGCUCCAGUCAACUCCUUCCCCCCAUCUGACAUUGAUACUACUAUCUCCAGCCAGUGGGCAUACGAUACUCUGUCAUCCGACUGGGAGCAGUGGAUUGGCUCCACAGCUGCAACCACCGCAGACGACUAUGGUUCCUACUCUGUGAAGUAUUCCGGUGGCAACCUUCGGAUUAUCUCUUUCAACACCAAUUUCUACUACAAGGAGAACUUCUGGCUGUACGAGAAGACAAUGCAGACCGACCCCAAUAGUCAGCUAGCCUGGAUCGUGGAUGAGCUCGACGCUGCUGAAACUGCCGGCGAGCGAGUCUGGCUCAUGGGCCACAUGCCCAUGGGUGCUAGCGAUGCUUUCCACGACGGGUCCAACUACUUCAACCAAAUCAUCCAGCGAUAUGACGCCACAAUCGCAGCUGUGUUCUACGGUCACACCCACAAGGACGAGUUCGAAAUCGCCUACUCGGACUAUUCCAACCCCACCGCCGACACGGCUACCAUGAUGUCCUACAUUGCUCCAGCUCUGACUCCGACAUCUGGAAACCCCACCUUCCGUGUCUACUCGGUCGACCCGGUUACUUUCGGCAUCCUGGACUUCCAAGUCUACUUUGCCAACAUGUCCAGCUCCACAUAUCAGACCAAGCCCACUUGGGAGAAGUACUACUCGGUUAAAGAGGCAUACGGCUCCCUACUCAGCCCACCCGUCACUGAUAGCGCUGCCGAGCUGACCCCGGCGUUCUGGCACAACGUCACUGCCCUCUUUGAGAGCGACGACUCCGUCUUCCAGGAUUACAUUGCUCGCAAGUCUCGCGGAUGGGAUUACUCAUCCUGCACAGGUACCUGCAAGACCGACGAGAUUUGCCAACUCCGUGCCGCUGAAUCGCAGUACAACUGUGUCGAGAUCACUCCUGGCAUCAGCUUCAAGAAGGCCAAGCGUUCGACUUCGAGCAGCUCCAGCGAGGAGAGUGCAUGCGGUGAGUCAGUUAUUGGUAAGAUGUUCUCGGACUUCGAGAGUACCGUGUCAUCCCUGAAGACCGCCGCCGACGCUAAGCUGGGAACGAGCUUCUUGGCUACCACCGUGAAUUCCACUGUGGUGUAG